AUGUAUGUCUCUUUGUCGUCGUCCCCCCCGUCCCCCCCCCUGAAGGAGAACAGUGGUUUCCUCCUCAACGCUCUCCUGAAGCGGGGCCUCAGUGAGGAGCAGGCAGUUCCCGACCCUGUGCCAUCAGCUGCACCAGACGCCUUCAAAUCAGACGCCAUGACCCCUGAGCCAGAGGACUUGGACACGGCGGCUCCAAAUUCAGCGGCCCCCAGCCCUCCACAGCGCCAAUCUGUGGCCCCGGGACCCCCGCCUGCAGACUCUCUGGAGGAGGAGCUGAGGGCCAGACUCAGCCAGCUGGUCAGCAGAGCAAACAGCAAAGACUGCAGCUCGUCGGAGGAAGAGGAGGAGAGCACGAAGAGGACGAUAGACACCGAGAGACAGAGAGGAAGUGACAGACUGAGUGAAGAAAGAGAGGAAGAAAGAGAGACGGUGGAACAAGGGAACGGGCCGGAGGAGAGACUAAUAAAGAGUCCUUCAGAGAGGGAGGAGAUGAGGUUAGAGACGGGGGUCGAGUGUUUGGAAGAGAAGGAAGAAGAGUGGCAGCCAAAGAGAGGAGACAAGAGACAGAGUAAGAGACAACACAAGAGAGACGCUGAGAAGGAGGCGAGGAGGAGUGGAUCCAGCGCCAGUUCACCUGCCGUUACUCCAUCCUUCCAGGAGGGGGCGCUGUCAGACAACCAGGAGGAACAGCAUGACUUGGA